UUCCCGGGCGGCACAAAGUUCUUCGCGAUGUGGCUGAAGCCUGAGGAAGUGCUCCUGAAAAAUGCGCUGAAGCUGUGGCUGAUGGAAAGGUCCAACGACUACUUCGUGCUGCAGCGGCGUCGGGGCUACGGGGAGGAAGGCGGAGGGGGGCUCACAGGGCUUCUGGUUGGGACUCUUGAUUCAGUCUUAGACUCUACUGCUAAAGUAGCUCCAUUUCGCAUCCUACACCAGACACCAGAUUCUCAAGUUUACCUGUCAAUUGCAUGUGGAGCCAACAGAGAAGAAAUAACCAAACAUUGGGAUUGGUUGGAACAAAAUAUCAUGAAGACCUUAUCUGUGUUUGAUUCAAAUGAAGAUAUUACUAAUUUUGUACAAGGAAAAAUAAGAGGAUUGAUUGCUGAAGAGGGAAAACAUUCUUUUGCAAAAGAAGAUGAUCCUGAGAAAUUUCGAGAAGCCCUUUUGAAAUUUGAAAAAUGUUUUGGUUUACCAGAGCAGGAGAAGUUAGUGACCUAUUACUCGUGCAGUUAUUGGAAAGGACGGGUUCCUUGUCAGGGUUGGCUCUAUCUUAGCACCAACUUUCUGAGCUUCUAUUCUUUUCUGUUGGGAUCAGAAAUAAAACUCAUCAUCUCCUGGGAUGCUGUCUCAAAACUUGAAAAGACUUCAAAUGUCAUACUGACAGAGAGUAUUCAUGUGUGUUCCCAAGGGGAGAAUCACUACUUUUCCAUGUUUUUGCAUAUUAACCAAACAUACCUUCUUAUGGAACAGCUAGCAAACUAUGCUAUAAAGAGACUUUUUGAUAAGGAAACGUUUGAUAAUGACCCAUUCCUUGAUGAUCCUCUACAAAUCACCAAAAGAGGUCUGGAAAAUCGAGCCCACAGUGAGCAGUUUAAUGCUUUUUUUAGGCUACCCAAAGAAGAGACUUUGAAAGAAGUACAUGAGUGUUUCUUAUGGCUACCAUUCAGUCACUUCAAUACUCAUGGAAAAAUGUGCAUCUCAGAAAACUAUAUCUGCUUUGCUAGCCAGGAUGGCAAUCUGUGUAGUGUAAUCAUUCCAUUACGAGAGGUCUUAGCCGUAGAUAAGACAAAUGAGUCCAGCAAAUCUGUCAUCAUUAGCAUCAAAGGAAAGACAGCUUUUCGCUUCAUUGAAGUUAAAGACUUUGAGCAACUGGUGGCAAAACUCAGGCUCAAGUGUGGGGCAGCUUCAACUCAGUAUCAUGAUAUUAGCACAGAGGUUCCAAUUAGUUCUGAUUCUACAGACCCAUCUGAUAAUAUUGAGGUACGAUCUUUGACAUGUCAGAGAGAAUGCAGUAAAACUGUGAACACCGAAGCCUUAAUGACGGUAUUUCACCCUCAGAAUUUGGAGACUCUUAAUACCAAAAUGUUAAAAGAAAAGAUGAAGGAACAGUCAUGGAACAUCCUAUUUGCAGAAUGUGGGCGUGGUGUUAGCAUGUUUCGGACCAAAAAGACUCGAGAUCUGGUUGUACGAGGGAUUCCAGAGACCUUAAGAGGAGAGCUCUGGAUGCUUUUUUCAGGUGCUGUUAAUGACAUGGCUGCUAAUCCUGGCUAUUAUGCUGAAGUGGUUGAGCAGUCCUUAGGGACCAGCAACUUGGCUACUGAAGAAAUUGAACGUGAUUUGCGCCGCUCCCUCCCUGAGCACCCAGCCUUUCAGAGUGACACUGGCAUAUCUGCUCUGAGGCGGGUACUCACUGCUUAUGCAUACAGGAAUCCCAAAAUUGGAUACUGCCAGGCAAUGAACAUUUUGACUUCAGUGUUGCUUCUGUAUGCAAAAGAGGAAGAAGCUUUUUGGCUUCUGGUUGCUGUAUGUGAACGAAUGUUACCUGAUUAUUUUAAUCGUCGAAUCAUUGGUGCCUUGGUGGAUCAGGCAGUCUUUGAAGAACUUAUCAGGGAUCACCUUCCCCAGCUGACAGAAUACAUGACUGAUAUGACAUUCUUUUCCUCAGUUUCUCUCUCAUGGUUCCUCACACUUUUUAUUAGUGUGCUACCUAUUGAAAGUGCGGUGAAUGUGGUGGACUGUUUCUUCUAUGAUGGAAUAAAGGCCAUUUUACAGCUGGGAUUGGCAAUACUUGACUAUAAUUUAGACAAACUGCUAGUAUGUAAAGAUGAUGCUGAAGCCGUGACAGCUUUAAACAGGUUUUUUGACAAUGUCACUAAUAAGGAUAGCCCAUUGCCUUCAAGUGUUCAGCAGGGUUCCAAUGUGAGUGAUGAAAAAAGCAGUCAUGUUAGAGUGGAUAUUACAGAUUUGAUUAGAGAGUCAAAUGAGAAAUAUGGUGGUAUCCGCUAUGAAGAUAUACACAGCAUGCGCUGUCGAAAUAGGUUGUAUGUGAUACAGACCCUAGAGGAAACAACAAAGCAGAAUGUGUUGCGUGUUGUGUCACAAGAUGUCAAAUUGAGCCUUCCUGAAUUGGAUGAACUUUAUGUCAUCUUUAAGAAAGAGCUGUUUUUUUCUUAUUAUUGGUGUUUGAGUUGCCCAGUAUUGAAGCACCAUGACCCCAGUCUGCCAUAUUUGGAACAGUAUCAGAUUGACUGCCAGCAGUUCAGAGCGUUGUAUCACUUGUUGAGUCCCUGGGCUCAUUCUGCAAACAGAGACUCACUAGCUUUAUGGACAUUCAGAUUGUUGGAUGAAAACUCUGACUGCCUUAUAAACUUCAAAGAAUUCUCCUCUGCAAUUGACAUAAUGUACAAUGGAAGUUUUACUGAGAAGCUUAAGCUGCUUUUUAAGCUACAUAUUCCUCCAGCUUAUACUGAAGUGAAAUCUAAGGACCCUUCAAAGGGAGAUGAACUUUCUGAGGAAGAAUUACUUUAUUUCAGUCGGCUCCAUGUUUCCAAGCCUGCAAAUGAGAAGGAAGCAGAAUCAGUAAAAAACAGCCCUGAAAAAGGCAAAGGAAAAGUUGAUAUUCAAGCAUAUCUAAGUCAAUGGCAAGAUGAGCUUUUCAAAAAAGAAGAAAACAUUAAGGAUUUACCAAGAAUGAAUCAGUCACAAUUUAUUCAGUUUUCAAAGACCCUAUAUAACUUAUUUCAUGGGGACCCUGAAGAAGAGUCAUUAUAUCAAGCCAUUGCUGUUGUAACCAGCCUUUUGCUCAGGAUGGAAGAAGUUGGAAGGAAACUACAUAGCCCUACAUCAUCAGCCAGAGGAUUCUCUGGUGCAAUCUGUGCUUCCGGAGAAUCCAGUGAGGGGAAAAUAGAGAGCCACUUGGAGAAAGAUCCCUCCUCUCUCAGGGAAGAACCUCAGUGGUCAUUUGCAUUUGAACAGAUUCUUGCGUCUUUGUUGAAUGAACCGGCAUUGGUGAGGUUUUUUGAGAAACCCAUAGAUGUAAAAGCCAAACUAGAAAAUGCAAAAACCUCUCAGUUGAGUUCUAGAACCAAGAUGUAAAUAUCUUAACAGGAAUUGCCUAUCGUAGAUAAGUCUGCCAAGAUUCCUGUAGCUUCCACUUGGUUCCUGGGAGUAGGGUCAGGGGUUUAUCUUGGUACCAAUGUGUUUGAAGGCUAAAAAAAAGAUACUUGGAAGCACAAUGAUUCAUUCCUUUGUGGUAAUCUCUAAUUUUGAUAUUUUCCAAUACAGAUGUGCUUUUUAUAUUUCACAAGAUAUGCAAUAUUAGGGGAGUAUGCUAAAUGUUACCACCAGAGGGCACCACCAUGUCACUUUUAGUAAGGAGAUUACUAGUUUGUGCUGCUAUUUACAUAUGAUAAUUUUGAAAAUGUGUUGUUAUGUUUGAGUGUUAGUGAUGCUGAUAUGAAUCGAUAGACCUUACUUUCCAAAUUGUCUCGGUCCUAUUAGAAAGCCAGGCUUUUAGAUCUAUAUAGCCUUAAUUAUCUAGAAGAUCACCAUAUGGGGGCCUCAUUUUUAAAGUUGAUCUCAUUCAGUCUUCUAAUAAUAAAUGGUUUUUUAGUAGCUUCUGCAUUCGCCCUACUUGAGCAGUUCAGAAGCUGCUAACUCACUUCUAACUCUGAUAUUGAUAAAAACAAAUUAGGAACUCAAAACUCUGGGCCGAUAUAAGGGAAAACAAUAUUGGACUUGGAUUGAAGCUGGGUAAAGCCAGCCUUUUCAGAAGGAUUAAGAAAUAGUUCAGUUAACUGUAUUGUCUCUCAUUAGACUGAGAAAUUACUUGAAAUUCUUCUGAGCACUGCUGUUGGGGCAUUUGACUCAGAGUAGCUCGUGACCGCUUUGGUUCUAGCUUUAGAUUUUGGAUUUUCAUCAGUCGUGUUUUAGAUUAGAUACGCUGAAUUGUUAUAUUAGUCUGGCAAGUUCAUAAAGUGUACUUGUGUGCAAUGAUUGUUAAGGUAAUGUAUAGAACUGCUGGCAUCUGUCUAAAAAGUUUUGACUAUCCGAUUGAGGUAUGUAAUUUCUAUAUACUUUAUGCUGCUUAUAUUUCAGUCAUUACAGUGAAAGUCCAUUUAGAAAUAAUGGGCUUUGUUAGCACUUUAAAGAAAAAACAAACCAACCAACCACAUCUGUUCAAUCUUCUGUGCUGUUUCUGACAACAGCAAUUUAUUAAUCAAUUGACUUGGGGAAACGUGGGGAGAAAUCAUCCAUUGGCGCUUCUUUCUUCACAAAAGACUUUGGUUUUAAGCCCUUUGACUUUUCAGCUGUGAAACAAUGAAAGGGUAUACAUCCUUUAGUGUGACCCAAGAAGUCUCCCUUUCUGGAAGGAAAUUGGUGUAAUCAGCUUUUGGCAAGAAUCCACUGUGAACAAGGCCUAACACAGAGGGCUGCAUCACCAUAGAAUAUGUUAUUUUCAGAAAAACUCGAGAAGUUUUAGGUUAACUCUUUGAAAGUUUCAUAAAUUGGGCUUGGCCAAACACUAGUAGUGUCUUUAAAAUGAUUUGGUCAAUCUUGUCUUUUCAAGGAAAUUACCACUUAAAGAGAUAGUUGGUAAAUAAGCAUCUCUGCCUUUUCUCAGAAAUGAUUUGCUGAAAGGUGUCCAAAUUUUAGAGUUUAGUUACUCGUUUAUAUGUUAAACUAUCACACCUCUGCUAUUAUGCAGUGAUGGUUAAAUUAUACUACAAUAGCUCUAGAAAGGCUCUAAGCUUACAAAGACACUAUUGCACAUACUUUGUUGAAUAUUUUGUCAGUUGUAUUUUCAAAAAAGAUACUUUCUUAAGAGCAUAUGUUAUUAAUAUUUGAUAUGAUUUUAAAGUCAAAAUAUUAAAGAUUACUUAGUAUUGUAUUUUAGCUUAGAUUAAAGUUGAAUACUUAAAGAGAUUUUUUAGUUGCAAAACGAUUAUAAAUGUAAGUUAAAAAGACAAACGUUUAUUUUCUGAUUCUGCAAGAAAAACAAGCUGAGCACAUAGUUUUAUAGUUACUAACUUGUUAAACAAAUGGGUUGUUCUUAAUAUUAAAAAUCUUAUGUGGUUGUCUCAAACUGAACCAGUGCAUUAUAAAUUAAAUUAAAUGUGUUAUAAGGUGGCUUUACUUGUCUUUAUAAAAAUAUUAUAAUAAACAUG